ACUGCUUUCCUACACUCGCUGCUGCUGCAAGGGUAUGUGAACUGUAGAGGUCUCCAUCCUUCUGCAUCCACGUCUCUCGCUGCUCGCAUUUUUGUACAUCGGGCACACAGAGGGAGACAGAGGAGAACGCUUUACUGUCACAGUGGCUGGGGAACCUGAGACCUGAGACGUCCUCGGCGAGACCGAAGGGGAACUUUCAUUUAACGACUAAACCGAUGGAAACGGAGGGGACAAGCGCUGUCUGGUGUCUUCGAUGAGGGAUCCGGCUUUCAGUAUGUUUUAGAUAUGCUGUCCUUAGACACGUCUCAGUGUAGGUUUGUCUUUCGUUGCUUCUCCCAAAUUGUACUGUUGUGCAGCCUUCCCGUGACUGAACACCUAGGUCAGUCGAAUGAAAUUUAAGGGAGACAGAACACAUUAUUUCCAGCUUCGUGACACAGGACUUCCAGUUGCAACGGGUGCCGAGAUGCCUGCGACAUUUCGGUCUUUGUUUCUAGUGCUGCUAGGCCUCCUGGGUGCCGGUGCCCAGUCGGCGACGAUGCGGCAGGUUGUCGGGGACAACGCCACGCUGCCGUGCCACCACCAGUUCUGGCAGUCCAGCGAGUCGCUCGACAUCGAGUGGAUGAUGCAGAAGCCCAGCGAAGCCCAGAAGCAGAAAGUGAUCAUCACCUUCUUCGGCAACAAGGUCUACAAGGUGGAGAGCGAGGACGGCCGUCUGUCCUUCGCCGGAGACUUCCAGAAUGGAGACGCCUCACUGCUCAUCAGCGACCUGCAGAAGUCCGACUCCGGGGACUACACCUGUAAGGUCAAAUACGGCGGCAAAUACCAGUGGAGCCAGAUCAACCUGGUCGUGCUGGAGAGGCCGUCUAAGCCCAGCUGCUGGAAGGAGGGCAGCCAGAAGCAGGGCAGCGACGUGAGGCUGAGCUGCAAGUCGGACGAGGGCUCGGAGCCCAUCUCCUACAAGUGGGAGAGGGUGACGGACAAGGGCAAGGGCAACGGGAAGCUGCCUCCGCUGGCUCUCGUGGACCUGAAAAACCCAGAGAUUGUCACCUUGAGGAACCUGACUGACGAUAGCUCAGGCACCUACCGUUGCACCGCCAGCAACGCUGUGGGGGAGGAGAACUGCACCAUUGAGGUUCCAAUGGAAAAGGAGCAUUCCUCUUUCGGCAUGAUCGGCUGGGGUUUACUGGCCGUCAUCCUGGGCGUGCUGGCCAUCUCAGUCACACUCACAACAUUCUGGUGGAUCUACCACAAGAAGGAGAAGAAGUACGAAGAGGAGGAAACACCUAAUGAGAUCAGGGAGGACGCCGAGGCGCCCAAGGCCAAGCUGGUGAAGCCCAACUCGCUGUCCUCCUCGCGCUCGGGCAGCUCCCGUUCCGGAGCCUCCUCCACCCAGUCCAUGGUGCACAACAGUGCCGCCACCCGCCCGGGCGUCCCCCGCCCCCGCCCUCCGGCCGUCCAGGCCCUCAAAGAGAACGGCCAGCCUCCGGGUCCCGGAUUCCCCCAGUCGCCCCCCACCUACAACCAGGCCAUGUCCAAGACCCCCGAGCCACCCACCACCCCCAAGUUCAACUCGCGGAACAUGGGUGGGAAUCUGCAGGUGCCAUCCGCGGUGAUGGCCCCUGCCCAGAGUAAGGCGUUCCAGACUGUGUAGGUAGGUGGGGUGGGGUGGGGUUGGGAUUAGGGUAGGCCAGGGGGGAGGACAAAUCGGUGGGUUGUCGUGGUGGUGGUGGUCAGUCGUCGGGUCAAGAAACAACCUCACAGCCAUGGCCAACAAGUGUAGCCCCUCUUCCUCCUCUGUCUGUCCGGCCGGUCUGUCCCCCCUUCAGCAAAGACAAAGACACUUUCUGCAGAUAACAAUGAAAAACGAACUAUGAUUUCAAAAAAAGUGCAACCAAGAUGAAGAUGAAAUAAAAGAUGAAAAAAGACAUGAAAAAAAAUAUUACAAAAAUAAUAUAAAAAUGAGAAGUUUAAAUGAAUGCAUACAUUUUAACAAGGGAAAAUACAAAGUGCUUGCCCCCCUUCUGCAUUAUAUAAAAGGAAAACACAGAAAAAAAAAACUUCAGCAAUUUCCAUUUUCAUUUCCCUUGCUCUUCCCCGGCCCCACCUCCCCACAACUCCCACAAGUUCUCAGUCACCGGACAGGAUGUGUUUUUUUAUUACUCAUUUAAAAGUUUUUGGGUUUUGUUGUUCUUCCUGGCCUUUACUUUUUUGCUGUGGUCUAAACUUUUUGGAGGGUCACAGGAAUGAUGUAGCGCUAUGUGGUGAAGCAGAAAACCCCCUCCAAGUGGUGUUUAUUUAUUUAUCGAACCAAAAGGAGCCCAGAAGAGUCCAGACGGAGGUUUUUUACUGCAUUAGGUAUGGAAAAGUGGCGGCGACAGUGUGUGUGCGUG